UCAUCAUCUUGUCACCAGAGCAAGCUACCACGCAGAAUUACCGUACGAAGCUAGCUGCGCGUAGGAAGGAGGAGGAGGAAACAAUGGCUAGCAUCAUUGCCGGCGACGACCAGUUGCAUGUCCGAGUCGUGAGCCGGCGCCUCGUGAAGGCCUCUGACUCCAUCAAGCCACACGUCCUCGCCGUCUCCAAUCUCGACCUCGUCCCUCUAUCCGUGCAGGGCUCCCUGUUCGUGAUCUACCCGAAGCCGCCAACGGCCGACUUCGCCGCCGUCGUCGCGGCCUUCGAGGCUGGCCUGCCGUCCUUGUUGAACCACUUCUUCCCCUUCGCCGGCCGCAUCGUGACCGACCCGAGCUCCGGCCUCCCCGAGGUGCACUGCAACAACCAAGGAGCGGAGCUCGUGGUCGGAGAGGCCGGCGUCGCGCUGGCGAGCCUGGACUACGGCAACAUGAGCGCGUGCCUGCGGAAGGUCCAGCUGCCCUACGGCGAGGACAUGGCGCUGUCCGUGCAGGUAGUGUCGUUCGCUUGCGGCGGCUUCACCGUGGCGUGGAGCACCAACCACGUGCUGGUCGACGCGAGCGCGAUGAGCUUGCUGGUCGGCGCGUGGUCCGAGCUCAUGCGCUCGGGCGCGCUCGCCGCGGGAUCCCGGCCAAACCAUGACCGGUCGGUGUUCCGCCCUCGGGUGCCGCCGUCCUACAGCGCCGCGCUCGACGAGGCGUUCACGCCGCUGGAUUCCCGGCGGCAGGUCAACGUCCUCACGGCGCAGCAGUGCUUUGUCCAACGCACGUACUAUAUCGAGGCAUCCGACAUAGCAAGGCUGCGAGAGAUGGCGAGCCGAGACGGCACGCGUGCGACGCGCGUGCAGGCGGUCUCGGCGUACCUCUGGAAGGCCCUCGCCCGCGUCGUGGGCACGGCGGACGCCGCCUGCCGCAUGGGGUGGUGGGUGGACGGGCGCCAGCGGCUGACGGCGGCGCCGGACCUCCGCGCCGCGAUGCGCAACUACGUCGGCAACGUCGUCACCUUCGUGGUCCGGGAGGCGAGCGUGCCGGAGCUCCUGGGGACGCCGCUGCCGGGCGUGGCGGCCAUGGUGCGCGAGGCGAUCACGGCGCCGGACUACGACGAGCGCUUCCAGGAGCUGGUGGACUGGGUGGAGGAGCACAAGACGCAGCGAUACGUGGAGACGCCGUCCCUGGGCCUGGGCAGCCCGGCCGUGGUCGUGUCCGCCGGCGGCGCGUCCCCGGCCGACACGGACUUCGGCUUCGGCCGCGCCGUGCUGCUGGUGCCGACGUCCGCGCUGACUGCGCGGCUGUGCGCGGGGUACGUGCAGACCGUCGUGAACCCCAGGGCCGACGGGUCGUGGUUCGCCAACGCCGUGGUGUGGCCGCGGCUCGCGGCGGCGCUCGAGUCCGACGAGCCGCGCGUGUUCAAGCCUGUCACGGCGGAGUACCUUGGCCUGCUCUGAUAGACCUUGUGUGCAUCUAAACUUUGCCAUGCAUCACUUCUGAAUUGUAUUAUUUUAAA